AUGGCGGAAGGCGCCCAGCAGCAGCAGCCACCUCAGCUCGGGCCCGGCGCCGCUGCCCGGGGGAUGAAGCGGGAGUCGGAGCUGGAGCUGCCGGUGCCCGGAGGGGGAGGAGACGGAGCUGAGCCCGGCCUGAGCAAGCGGCCGCGCACCGAGGAGGCGACGGCCGACGGCAGCGGGAUGCAGAACGAGCCUCUGACCUCAGGUUAUCAUGGAUUCCCAGCACGGGACAACCAGGGUAACCAGGAGACAACAACAACUCCUGAUGCAAUGGUUCAGCCUUUUACUACCAUCCCAUUUCCACCACCUCCACAGAAUGGAAUUCCCACAGAAUACGGAGUGCCACACACUCAGGACUAUGCCGGCCAGACCAGUGAGCAUAACCUGACACUCUACGGCAGUACACAAGCCCACGGAGAGCAGAGUAGCAACUCACCCAGCACACAAAACGGAUCUCUUACGCAGACAGAAGGGGGAGCACAGACAGACGGUCAGCAGUCACAGACACAAAGUAGUGAAAAUUCAGAGAGUAAAUCUACCCCUAAGCGACUGCACGUCUCUAAUAUUCCUUUCCGCUUCCGGGACCCUGACCUCCGGCAGAUGUUUGGGCAGUUUGGCAAAAUCCUAGAUGUAGAAAUAAUCUUUAAUGAACGUGGUUCUAAGGGAUUCGGGUUCGUAACUUUCGAGAAUAGUGCUGAUGCAGACAGGGCCAGGGAGAAAUUACACGGCACCGUGGUAGAGGGCCGUAAAAUCGAGGUGAAUAAUGCUACCGCACGAGUAAUGACCAAUAAGAAGAUGGUCACACCAUAUGCAAAUGGUUGGAAAUUAAGCCCAGUAGUUGGAGCUGUGUAUGGCCCCGAGUUAUAUGCAGCAUCCAGCUUUCAAGCAGAUGUCUCCCUAGGCAAUGAUGCGGCAGUGCCCCUAUCAGGAAGAGGGGGUAUUAACACUUACAUUCCUUUAAUCAUUCCUGGUUUCCCUUACCCAACUGCAGCCACCACAGCAGCCGCUUUCAGAGGAGCCCAUCUGAGGGGUCGAGGGCGGACAGUGUAUGGUGCAGUCCGAGCGGUACCUCCAACAGCCAUCCCCGCCUACCCAGGGGUGGAUAUGCAGCCUACAGAUAUGCACAGCCUGCUACUGCAACCGCAGCCACAGCGGCUGCAGCCGCUGCAGCAGCUUACAGCGACGGUUAUGGCAGGGUGUACACAGCAGACCCCUAUCAUGCCCUUGCCCCUGCCGCUAGCUAUGGAGUUGGCGCUGUGGCAAGUUUAUACCGAGGUGGCUACAGCCGAUUUGCCCCCUACUGAAGUGACGUGAGACCCCUGCACAUGGGACAGCCCCCCAGUUCAUGAGGCCUGGCUAUUGCAAUAUUUACUAGUAGAGGAACUCUAUAGCAAGAUGAAGAGGAAAAACAAACAAACAAAAAAAGAAAAACCACAAAAAAAGAAUACUUUUUUAUACCUCACUAUGUUCUUUGAAUAUGUAUUUUUCCUUUAAAUUUCUGCCUUUAAUUCUUUUGUUCCAAAGAUUGUGCUUUUUUUUUUUUUUUUUUUUUUUUUUUUUUAAUGUGGUGAAAAAAAAAAAAAAAAAAAAAAAAAAGCAUUUCCAUGUCUGUAUGUCCGUGCUUAGCUUAUUCUAUCAAUCACGGAAGAGGCAGUAAAUAAGGAAGGAGAGGCAUUAGGGCUGAUAAACACAUCUGAUCAGAAAUCAGCAGACAGAAUCACCAAAGUGUAUCUGGUGCUGAAUGGCUGGGGGACAAGCAGAAGUGGAAGAGAUGUUCUUUUCCUUCCUUUCUGCAACAGGAUAUUCUUCUAGUCUUCUGAGUUUCUGGUCUUUGGCAGGUAGUUCUGAUUGACUGUGCCUGGAAUCCACAAGCUGAUAGGUAAUAGGAAUCUGUGCUUGCAAAGCAGGAGAAUUAAAAAGGCGCUUUCUCUUCUCUUUCUGCCUGUCUUCUCCGUUCUUUUUACAAUCAUCUUACAUGCGCAGCCUGAGAGAGUUGGCAUCGUUUUGGAGUUAUAGUAUUGAUAUUUCCAAACAUGCUCUCAGACUGUGGAUAGUAAGCACCUCAUGAGGAAACCUAUCUCAGAAUGAACUCUGGAGUAUGAAAAAGAUGACUCUUUUCUUUCCUGUAAUCCUAGCAUUCCUGCUGGGCUUCUUCCCCUCUAAUGGAACCACCGCUUAGCUCAUCUGUCCUGUUAACACCCUGCUCCCAUGUCCCCAAGAUGUAGGAACUUAGGACCCAGGGAUGGAAGAAUAGCCAGUGCCCAGAUGUUCCCCCGGUGUCUGGACACAGCUUGAGGACUAGAAGUACAAGUUGUUGAGAGCCCUUACAGAGGGUGAGGAAGAGAAAAGGGAUGUUAGAAGAUGUCUGGCAAGUCACUCUGAUGUUCCUUAUCUUUCUCUUGCAUCUGUAAAUUCAGUGUAAACAAAAUAUAAUAAAGCAUCUGUUGGGAAAUGAUAAAGCACAAAGUCCUAAGUCAGCUGUCCCUGGAAGUUUUGGUGAUUAGGGCAUGUGAGGGCAGGCAGAGGCACUUUGAACUAGCUCCAAAGCCAUAGGAAUUUUCAUCUUCCAGAGCCUUUAUGUGUCACCUCCAUCCACAGUCUUGAGUCCUCGUGGCCAUUCCACCCACUUGUCGUUAUCCUCCAAAGACACCCAGCUGAGCACCCGGAUCACUUGGUAUACAUAACACUACAGGACACAAACCACAGAGCCCCUGGGGUUGCUCCCCUCCGCACUGGAAGGAGGGCCUUGAGUGGCAAGGACCUCACCAUUGGGCGGCCACAGCAGUGAGUCACUGCUGCUGCUCUUUGGUGUCAACUUUGUAUCUUAUCAGAGU